GCAUGCCGGGUCGGUCUCCUUUGGCAACGCAGGCCCUCGCGCUGCCCUGUGGCGAUGCCGCGAGGGCGCGGAGGCUGUGGCGUGCGCCAGGACCCGGCCACAUCCGCGCCCUUGGGGAGCCCCAGCUACUACGAAAGGGUGGCCCAGCUCCAGCAGGCGCUGCGGGACAGUGAAAAGAAGAGGUUGGACCUGGAAGACAAGCUUUAUGAAUACAAUAAGUCUGAUACUUGCAGAGCUAAGCUGAAAUAUGCAAAACUAAAGAAAUACCUGAAGGAAAUAUGUGAAUCUGAAAGGAGGGCUCAUGUCCGAAACCAAGGAUAUUUAAAGAAGUUCGAGUGUGUCCAGACUUAUGUUGAACACCUGACCACAAAUACAGAGAAGCUGCAGAAACUGAAGACUGAAUAUGAGGCUGAAACGAAGAAGAUACACCUAUUGCUAAAAGACAGCCUGGGAAUGAAAGAUGAAGCCAGAGGAAAGGGAACGAAGACCCCCAGAUCCCUUUGCCCAUCUGUGCAGUGGUUGUGCACACCUAACCCCAGAGGCUGCUUGAGACUUCCCCAUCUGGUGGCUGAAGCAAAGUUUUAUGGAAGUGAGAAGACAGUUCAGGAUGCAGUGCAGGCAGGAGGAAUUAACUCAGGAACAGCCAUGUCAAGAGGAUUGUAUCAACCAGCAACAAUCUUUAUGGGCCGCCAGUUGUCAGCCAUCUCAAGCAUUGACGAUUUCAGUACAGAGCAGAAAUCUAAGCAACCCACAAAGAACUGUUCAAUUCCUGACCUACAUUCACACCAGCAGACAUCCCAGAGCAGCCGUGUGACAGACAGCUGUAUAGUACAAACUAACAGUGACACACAGUGCUUAAAUAAGUCUGACAAAAUAGAUGGAAAGACAUCUCUUCAUAUUGGUGAGAAAACACCCGUCACAAGCCAUGCUUUGUCUGAGGAAGAACAAACUCAUUGCUUGGAGAUAGGGAGCAGCACACGUCACAGCAAGAGUAAUUUAUCUGAAGGCAGGAAGUUUGCUGAACUCCAUUCCUCGUUACAGGAAAGAUUAAGUCCAGAGAACAGAACCACUGAUGUAAAGUGUGACAGUUCCAGCAGAUCAGAGGGAUCAGGCGGAGAAAUACUGACACAAGAACAUAUUGAAGUCAGGGAAGAAAGAGCUAGCCUGCCGGUCCCCACGCUAUCAGUUUCAGAACACCGUACAUCUGCAAAUAAGUGGGUUGGAGAGAAGCAUUCUGCUUGGGAAGGUUUCUCAGAUGAUCUUGUUCAUGGGGACCCAAAGUCACCAAAGGCCUUCCUAAAAAUGCAGGAAGAGCAGGAGGAGGAAAGUUUGUGCAGCAGCAGUGACCUCACAGUUUCUGUAAGUGAAGAGAAAUUGAUUUUGGAGAAUCUGGAGUCACUACCAAGUCCAGGAACCAAGCCAGAAGGUGAAGAUGGAAAGCAGACCGCACGGUCAGUCUACACCGCACUGCAAAGAGAUCCACUCUUCACUGAUUACAGUUUGCAGGCCCAAAGCUUUCCUGAUUCAAAAAGGGAAUCCUCCCCAGACUCACCAAGACAAUCUGAACAAGUACCAGAUUGGCACUUAUUGAAGACACAAGAACAGUGUAUGAAGGAAUAUGAUAAUUCUAAAGAAGAGGCCACAGCAUUAUUGAAAAAAGUCCUUACAGAAGAAUGUGACCAUAGGUCAGCUAUUCACAGCAAUGAAUCAUCUUGCAGCAUGCCAUCUAUUCUGAAUGACAAUAAUGGAAUAAAGGAAGCAAAACCCGCUCUGCGGCUCAACAGUGUUCUUACAAGGGAACAAGAGGUUUCAAGUGGCUGUGGAGAUGAGAGCAAAGAAGAAAGCAUAGCUGCAAUCCCAGUCGCAGGUAUGAGAUUCUGGACUGAGAACCUGAACCACAGCAAGCCCUGUAGAAGGAAUUCUUGUUUACAGAACCUACCAUUAUUCUCACUGCACAUUAAGGGAAUCAAUGUGUUGUUGUGGAAUAUUUGCACACUGUGAGGGUGUAUUGUUGUGUUGGUAUAAUAAUAAAAAGCUGAACAUCCAAUAGCUAGGCAGGUUGGAUAGGCAGGACUUCUGGGUAGAGAGAGGGAGGAAGAGGAGGAAUUGAGGCACUCGAGGGAGAUGCAAAGAGAUUCAGAAGAAGCAGGAUGGGCGGUACAUGACAGAAUGUACAUGAAGAAAUGAGCUAAAAGCUAUAAGAGCUAGUUAAAAAUAAACCUAAGCUAAUGUCACGCUUCCAUAAUUAAUAUGUCUCCAUGUUGUUAUUUAUGAGCUGCCAGACCAAAUCAAACUCCAACUACAAUGUGGGCCAACAUUCUAAUACCUUUAUUUCCCCUUCUUACUUAAGUCCUCCCAAACUUAAACUUUCUUAAAGUUCAUCCUUAAAUAGUUUUCUAGCUUCAUUAGUCAUAGAAAAAGUGAAUUUUCUUCACCAGGGUUUAUAUAGAAUGCCCUCUCAUACAGCACACAUUCCCUAGUAGACAAGAUCAGGUAUUUCUACAAACUAGUCUGUUGUUAACAUAGUCGAGUGUCCUUACUAAAGAAUUCAGAUAAAACAAAUUAAUGUUAUAUCUAUGAACAUGUGUGUUUCUUUAUAUGAUAGAUAAUAUGCCAUUUACAUGUUUAAUGUAUUAGUCUAUUACUUGGACUGAAUCUUGGGAUACCAAGGUCAGAAAAGACUGCCUCUGCCUUCAGUAAACCUCAGUCAUUUCUAAUCUUUACAAUAGUCCCAUACAACUCAAUUUGAGUAACUCAUCCUGCUGUCAAACAGAAAUAUAGAAAGGUCAGGGCCAGCUCAAUGGAUGUGGAAUCCAAGUCAAACUUGAGGAUUCAGUGUUUUCAUUCUUCUAUCAUGACUGUUUUGUUAUAGCAGCAGAAACGCAGCUAUAUCAGGGCAUCUGGGUCAGUUAGAUCUCAGCCUGUAUCAUAGAAAAAUAUGGGCUUACCAAGGCUGGGGAGCAAUGUUGAGCAGUCAUGCUUUUCCUUUCUCUUUGGCUACACCUAGAGAAGUGAACAGCUUGCAAAAAUUUCUAAGGCCAGACUAAGAGGCUUGCCUUUUCUAAAGUGGGACAGGCCUGAGCACAGCUGGACCUCUGAAAUCAUGUGAAGGAUGCAGGAUGUUCUGGUCCGUUUCCCUGGAAACACUCAAACCAGGAAGAAAGUUGAUGCUUAGCAAGAUUAUGAGAGAACAUGUCCAUCCGAAGUACUUACAUCCACAGUGAUGGCAUUUUAAUUUGUAUUCAUACUAAUGUCCCCUUCAGUUCCAAGCUUUAGUUUAGGCAAAUGAUACAACUUAUAUCAAAUCAUGAAAACCAGUACCUUACAUAGUAUGUGCUACACAGUGGGCCCCUAAUUUGUCAAACAAAUGAAUAAAAAUGGGGAAUUAAGGAGUUUCCUCAAAUGCUUGUUGAUUCAGGCUAGAACACUAUCUCUUUCAAUCAUUCACUCCACCACCACUUUUCCCACCCCACGUGCCCAUCCUGGCAAAACUCAUCUCCUUAAGCUGCAUGUGAAAAGGGCUGUCAGCUUUUAUCUCAAGAGGAUUAAGCCUCUAAGAAUGUCCAUUCAGCCUCUCAUUCUUUUAACACCAAUUCUGUUGGUCAAGCUGUGUUAAAAGUGUUGCUUCACUGUGCCAUUUCUCCUCUAUAUUCCUUGGCCAGCUGAAAUACUCUCCAUGGUCACACUGAAACCUCCAUGGAGAAGCUUUGCAGGUUAGCAUCUUCCUGCAGGGUGCUGCGUGGAGUUCUGGACACCACCUCCCCAAACACUACAGCUUCUGUUUUAUACCAUGCUGAAAAGGAUCUGGGCACAUACAAUGACCAGGUUGUCAUUGGUGACUGCAUUCACCCCAGGAGAAAAGAAUGCGGUGACAAGUUUGGGCCACCCAAGUGUAGUGGCAUAUAACCUCGAAGACUGCAAGUUCACUAAGAAUGCCUUUUUCCUUGCCUUGUUCCAGAAGUGCUUUACUCAGAAGAAUUAGUAGAAACAAGUUAUCUGCUGUGCCUGGGUCAGGGAACUUCCAAUGAAUAUGAAGCAGGGCAUCGUUUGCUGAGGUGGUGUUCAUGGUGGUCAGCCCCUCUGCCAUUGAUCCUGCUACCUGCUGCUUGCAGCUGGGGGACAGAGGUGUUUAUCAUGGAUGUGAAAGGAUAAAAAGACCUUUCUGAGGAGUGCUGUUGAUUAGUGUGUCUGCAUUUGAAGACAUGAGCUCAUAAUUGAGGAGAGAUUCUCCCAGGGAAUAUGCAGUAAAAUUCCAUGUGAGUUUUCUGUGCUGUGCUACAUUAGAAUUCAGCAUAGAUCCCAGGCGUAAGUAUCUUAUGAUAUAUCAUAAGUAUCCUAUGUCGGUCUCCAGGUUGAGAAUCAUACAGUAGGAGUCUCAAAGCAGGAAGAGCCCCUAGGUCA